AUGGACCACAUCUCAUUCCAAGAUUUUAAUUCUUCAGGAUAUAUUUAUUCUACAACUGCUUCUAAUUAUAAUCAAAAAGAACAUUCCGUUUCAACGGAAAAUAUUGAUAACUUCUUUCCUGAUCAAACUAAUUUUCAAACCUUUGCUCAAGAUAUAAAUUGUGAAUAUCUUAAUUUCAAUUUUCAACAACCAUCACCGCAUAUUAAUCUAUCGGAGUAUACUCCCUCUUAUGGCUCACCCGAGAGUUUCUAUGAAUCUCUAGAUUCUUCUCCUUCUAUCUCUGAUUAUGAACCUUCAGAUGGCUAUUCAUCUGGUGUUUCUUCUCCAAAUCUCACUACCGAUUCAUUAUAUUUUACUACUCAAGAUAAUCAUGAUGAUUUAUUACAAUUUGAUCAUUUAAAUAAUAUGUUCGAAGAUGAAUCUCUUGAUUCCUUUCAACAUUAUCAAAAUUUAGAUAUUUCAACUUCGGUCCCUGUAAUCGACUUAAAACCUUUUGAAACUCAUCUUAAACUUGAUACUAACAUAUCGUCCGUGGUCAUGAAUCAAUCUGGUGAUUCCAUUAAUUUCCUGAAUUCAAAUGAUUUUUCUCAAUGUUUAUCAGAAAAUCAAAAUAGUCCAAUAUUCAAUUUCGUUCCUGCAACUCCCAUAACACCAACGAAGGAAUCUGAAAUUUCGGAUCCUAUUUUUUCUUAUUCUCCACCUACUUCCAUUCAGUCAACUACAACUACCCCAUCUUCCCAAUCAUCUAAAAAAUCCGAAUCGUCACGUGAUAGAACAAAUGUCUCCCAUCACAGGAGUCAUCGUAAAUCUCUUCCAAGUGAUAUGAUAAAACGUUUACACACAAUGAAUUUGGCACCCCCAAAACCAGCUCGAAAAUCAAAAACUUUCGCACCAUUCUCUUGUCCUUAUGAAGAUUGUCAGAAAACCUUUACUCGUCAAUAUAAUCUAAAAUCUCAUUUACGUACUCACACUGACGAAAGACCAUUUCUUUGUGGUUAUCAAGGUUGUAUGAGGGCCUUUGCAAGACAACAUGAUCGUAAAAGGCAUUAUAAUUUACACUUGGGAUUUAAGCCUCAUGUUUGUGGUCAUUGUGGUCGUGCAUUUGCUAGAUUGGAUGCUCUCAACAGACAUCUCAGAUCUGACAGUGGUGCACCUUGUGCUCAAGCUACCCUUCCUAAUGCUGGCGCAAAAAAAUUUAAACCCGUUAACAUGUAA